AUGUGGAUGACACCAACUGGUGAAUAUUCCAUAUCUACUCAACCAUCUACCUCUCCCAACCAAACUUGGAGUCCAUCAACUAGCUCCAGCAACACCCCUGCUAAGAGGGUUGCAAUUUUAGCAUCUCUUGAUAAGAUAUUCCAGAAUGAGGUCUUAACUCCCAAGCAAUCCACAACUAAAUCUAAACACCUAAAGAAGGAGUGA